AAUCUGCCUAAAGACACCCAAUAGCACACCACGUGAUCGUGGGGUGCGCGUUAGGGCUCGGGAAAGCAUGUUGAACAAGGCACAAAAAUUGAUUCUCGGAAUCGUGCUGCUGGUGCUGGUCGAUAUCAUAUGGGUUUCGUCGAGCGAACUAACCAAGUUUCUCUACGAAAAUGAAAACUACGACAAACCCUUCUUCUGCACCUACUUCAAGGCUUCCAUGUUCACAAUGUACUUGAUAGUGCUCGGAUUGAUAGCGCCCUGGAAGGAGAGCUGCGCUCGCAAUGGCAACUAUUCGCUCAUGGAGGCCACCGAAGAGGAGGAAAGCUUUUUCGCCAACGGAACGUCGAGUCUGAGCGAUUCCUCGUUUGUGCCCAUCAAAGCGGACGCACAGGUGUCAGGAACGGAGAGUGAUGACUCCAGUAUACGCAGCGUUCGCUUCAGCAAGGUGGCCGAAGUGCGCGAGAUGUCCCCGCACGAAGCGUCCGAGGCCCUCAUGUCGCGGCUUUCGUAUGCGGCCAGCUUGAGGGUGCACCGCCAAAAGUCUCACCACAAAACGGCCCGGAUAGCGUUACUGUUUUGUGUGCUGUGGUUCAUUGCCAACUACAUGUUUCAACUGGCUCUGGAACCGAGCGAAACGGCCAUGGUGACGUUGCUGAGUUCGAGUUCGAGCUUUUUCACGCUCAUCCUGGCCGCCAUGUUUCCGUCGUCGUGUGGCGAUAAGCUAACGUUCACCAAAUUUUUUGCCGUUCUGCUCAGCAUUUCCGGCGCGGUGAUGGUUUCACUGUCGGAGAUUAACGAGCCUAAAAUGUCGCGUGGAAUCGUCCUGGCCCUGCUCAGUGCCUUUUUCUACGCGUCCUACCUGGUGCUAGUCAAGCGCAAGAGCGACACGGAAGAGAAGAUAAGCAUUCCACUGUUUUUUGGCUUCGUCGGCCUGUGGAACUUGCUGCUCCUGUGGCCGCUGCUGUUCGUGUUGAACUUUUCCCAGCUGGAAGUGUUCGAGCUGCCGACACGGCGCCAGUUUAUGGUGCUUUUUCUGAACGGGCUUGUCGGCACCGUACUGUCGGAGGCACUUUGGCUGUGGGGAUGUUUUCUUACGUCGUCUUUGAUCGGAACGGUGGCCAUUUCGCUGCAAAUCCCGCUGGCCAUGCUGUUCGAUAUGGUGCUGCACGGCAAAACGUAUCCACCACUGUUCUACUUCGGUUCACUGCCGAUGUUUCUCUCCCUGCUGCUGGUGGCCUGUCUGGUGAAGUUUGACGACUGUGACCCGCUGCUCAAGUUUGGCAAAUCGGUCUACCGACGCCUGUGGCUCUGUCGGAAGACGAACGUCGUUCGGAUACCAGAUCUGGAAGAACAGCACGAGUCGCUGAUCGAUGGAAGUCACGAAAAUUGAAUCCGUGCGUGGUGUUUUUGGGUCCAAUGAACCCCCCCCCCCCGUUCCGAUGUGUGCAGCACAUACAACUUUCACAAGAAAUUUGACACAGGUACAGUCUAAAAAUGGAGUGGAAAUUAUUACUUUUAUUCGUUUGACCGUACUAUGAUGAACCUCUUAUGGUUCAGUGUAAAAUUUUAGAAGAAUCUUCUUUGAAAUGCCAGGUACACCAAAGUGUUCUCUC